AUGGAAGAAACUCACUUAUUACCAUUACAUUCUUUAACUCAAGAAAUUGAUAUCGAGUCUGACUCUUCAAUUAGUUCAGACGACGAAGUAAUUGAAAAUGUUAUUCAAAUGCUUAAUAAUGUAAUAGAUUUAACGGAUAUUACCAACGAAUUACAAGACAAUGAAGAAGAUGAUGAUCAGCAACAAGCUGAAAUUGACAUUCCAAUAUCUUCCAUGAGUGAUACAACAACUAAUCUGAUUCAACUAACAAAAUCUGAUUACAGCAACGACAAAUCCAUCGAAAAUUCUUCUUCAAAACGUCGAUCUUGGACUGUUCAAGAAAAACUAAAUGUUAUCAAUGCAUUUAAAAAAUGCAAAAAUAUUUCUGAAGUUAGUCGACAACAUCAUUGUGAUCGAAAACAGAUUCGGGAAUGGUUAAAAAAAGAACAACAAUUGUUACUCAUCAAGGGUCAAAAAAAUGGAAAAAAAGUUGAUCGUGUUGUUAAAUAUCUUUUUGGUACAUAUAAAAUAAAAUAUCAUGUACAUGGACUUGAUCAUGAACCUCUUGAAAUUGAUUUUACACCACCAUAUAAACGUAUUUCAUUGCUUAGUACUUUAGAAGAAGCUCUUGGUAAAGAAGAUAAAUUUCCAUUAACCAGUGAACUUAUUACAGAGGAAGCAAACAAAUUCUUUGAUAAUCUUUGUAAAAAACAUCAUGUCGAAUGUACGCAUCCAAGAACAACAGAUAGAUUAAUUGAUAAAAUAUUAAUUUAA